AUGGAUAUGGCCAUGAUGAUGACUAGCAGCAUGCCCAUGCCCACCGGCGGCCAUGAUAUGCAUCAUGGUAUGCAUCAUGGUAUGGACCAUGGUAUGGGUGGUAACCAGUGCAAGAUAUCCAUGCUCUGGAACUGGAACGUCAUCGACGCAUGCUUCAUAUCAUCAACAUGGCGAAUCACGUCCAGGGGAAUGUUCGCUGGUUCAUGUAUCGGCGUGAUACUGCUCGUCAUGUCUCUCGAGUUUCUCCGCCGCCUAGGCCGCGAGUUCGAUAAACACGUCGCGGGCCAACCUUCCCUGUUCGACAGCUUCGGCUCCGGAUCCUCCUCCACGGCAGCAGCGAAUUCUCGCAGCGAAUACACCGAAGACUCAGGUAGCCCCAAGCCGACUGUCCCUGGUUCCAUUGGAUUGCCACAGCCAAUGGGGGGAAGACAUUCUCCAACGCUCUUGCAGCACACGCUUCGGUCUCUGCUGCAUAUGGUACAGUUUGGUGUAGCAUAUUUUGUGAUGCUGUUAGCCAUGUACUACAAUGGGUAUUUUAUCAUCUGUAUCCUCAUUGGAGCAUUCCUGGGUCACUUUGUGUUUUCCUGGAAGAGCAAAGAUAAGAGCGAUGCAUGUGAGGUCACCGUUUGCUGCGGUUGA